AUGAAUAAAUUAAGGAUCCUUCAAAAAAGCAUUGAAAAAUAAAUAAAAAAUGUUACUUUUUAAUAUCUUAGAAAUAGUAGUGCAACGGCAAAAUUAAUUUUACUUUUAGAUGACUUCAAGAUUUCAUGGAAGAGUGGGAUACACGAUGCACAACAAAUUAAGUAUAAUAAUUUGAAUCAAUUUAUUUAGUGAGAUUAUUAAGAUACUUAACAAAUUUAGAAAAAAUUUUAGGAAUAAUAAUGAUUAGGCCUUCUCAAAAAACAAAAAUGAUAGGAAAUAAAAGAGUAUUAUGAGAGGGACUAACCUUUAAUGA